UUCAUCCAACGCGAGCUCGUACGCAUGCCUUACAUAAUAAUAAACUGUCCAUAACCGUGUAACACGCACGUGGCUACUUUGAAAUAGAAAUACAUCCGUCGAUUUAUCCCUCGAUUAACGAUCGUUAAUGAUUAGAAUGGUUAGAAUGAUACGUCUCGGUGGUCUGUGUUCUCCGCGGACUGGAUAGGAGUUAAUAUUUCUACGACGGAGACUGCGGUGUCCGAUGGUAUCAGGAAAUGUUAUGCUUUCUGGCAGCGGGAAGGAGGAGCUUCCUGAAAAAGAUCGGCACGAUCGAACAAGUGGUCAAUAGCCGGCGCAUAAGUUUCACGAGGAUGGCCAAGAGUAAAUUCGAAUAUGUAAAAGAAUUCGAACGCGACGAGUAUUGUUUACCGAACUGUUGGAUAGUGGUUAGAAUAGACGGCCGGAACUUUUCUAAGUUCUGUGAUGCGCAUCAAUUCACCAAACCGAACGAUGUAGCUGCUUUGCAAUUAAUGAACCGUGCCGCCGUCACGGUUAUGGAAGAUUUCAAAGAAAUAAUUUUAGGAUUUGGUCAGAGCGACGAGUACUCGUUUGUCUUUCGAAAGGACGCCGAACUUUACAAGAGACGAGCUUCGAAACUGAUGUCAAACGUAAAUUCCCUGUUUGCAUCGUCGUACGUUUACCACUGGCCACAUUUCUUUCAAGGGAAGGAGUUAUAUUAUCCUCCAUCCUUCGACGCGCGUGUUGUAUUAUAUCCCACGGAUAAGAAUUUAAGGGAUUAUUUGUCGUGGCGGCAAGCAGACGUCCAUGUGAAUAAUUUAUACAACACUUGUUUUUGGAAUCUUAUAUUGAAAGGGAAACUGACUCCAAGUCAGGCAGAAGGGAAACUGAGAGGCACUUUGGCGUCUCAUAAGAACGAAUUACUUUUUCAAGAGUUCGGUAUAAAUUAUAAUAACGAGCCGCCGAUAUUUCGCAAAGGUACUACGCUUAUUAGAAAACUGGUGCCCGAUGGAACGGGCAGGCUAAAACCAGCAGUGGUCCCGAUAGUAGAUGAUAUCAUCGGUGAUCGUUUUUGGAAGGAGAAUCCAGAAGUACUUGGAUUGAAAAGUCUAGCAACUUACCAGCCUCCGAAUUUAGUUAAUAACGCCGCGAACCCGAUCAGAACAACGAAGGCGUCGUCGCCGACCACUAAUAUGAAACAUAAUAAUACUCAGCCAGUUCCUGUUGCCAGCGUCAAUUCCGUGAACGAAGACUCGAAGGCAGUCAGGAGUCGAGAAUCAGAAGGCGAGAAAAUGCAGUACGAAAACGAACGGAUCUGUAGAAGAUAAGCAAUCCCGCUUAACUCUUUUUACAAUACAUUUUUCAAAUGUCCUAACGGAAAAUAAUAAAAAUUCAUUUCGAUCAAUACGGAAAA